CUUCUCCCACGAUAUGGACGAAAUCCCCGUCGAUCUCGGAGACCCCACCAGAGUCGGGCAAUUCGCGGACAGCUCGUCGCCCGGCGCUCCACUUCUCCGGCGACGGGACUUCGUGGCCGAACCGAAGUUCGUCACCAUCGAGGAGCUCCGUCUCUUCCGGCUAGGGCUGAGGUGGUGGGCCCUCGAACAAACGUCGCACGCUGCCCGUGUCCUCUCCUUCUCCGUCUUCUUCCUCUUCGCCGUCGUCGUCCCUCUCCUGGGCUCCCUCUGGGUCCGUCUCGACCCUUCUGCAGAGGACGAUGCGCCGCUUGAUGGGCGCUUAGCUCAAAUCCCGUCCUCCGCCCUCGCGGCCGUAUCCUUCGUCUCCCUCGCGGGCCCUCUCCGACGGCAUGGACUCCGCCGCCUCCUCUCCCUCGAUCGCCUUUCCGACGACCCGUUGGACCUUCGCUGGCGAUACGCGGCAGAGAUUGGCCGGGCUGCCCGGCGCGCGGCAUGGAUUGCUGUGCCUUCCAUGGCUGCGGAGCUCGCGCACGAGGUGCUCUGGUUCUGGAGGGCCGAGGUCAGGAUUCCGGGUGUAUCCAGGGGGAUGGCGGCGACAUCCGUGGUGUUCACGGCCGUUGCGGCGUCGUGGAUUUAUAGAACGGGGGUGUUCAUGAUGGCGUGUGCAGUGUUCCGCCUGACGUGCGAGCUGCAGAUCUUGAGGCUCGAGGGCUUCCGGCGGGCAAUGGAGGGGUGUGGGUCUGAGGCGGCUGAUGCUGGCGACAUUUUCCGGUGGCACGUCCAGAUAAGAAGAGAACUGCACGUGACAAGCCACCGGUUCAGGGGGUUUAUUGUCGCGAGCCUGGUGGUGAUAUCGGUGAGCCAAUUAGGCGCGCUUCUCGUCGUCCUCUCCACCCGGUGGGAGAAGAGCUUCCUCAACUCGGGGGACCUUGCGGUGGGCUCAGUGGUCCAACUGAGCGGCUUUCUUCUAUGCAUAUUGGGGGCAGCAAGGAUCACCCACAGGGCUCAGGCCGUUGCUUCAGUUGCCAGUAAAUGGCAUGCCAUGUUGUCCUGCAUGUCGACGACGGGACCCGACUCACGGGCAGGAAAACCAGAGACUCCGGCUGACCAAGCUGAUGAUUUUCCGCCAACAAAUUGCGAAAGCGACUCGGAGUCAUCGGAAGUCUUCGCACUCUUCCCCUCGGAGCAUGCGUCGAGCUUCGAUGCCCGGCAAGCCCUCGUUACCUACCUGCACUACAACAGUGGGGGGGUCACAGUCUAUGGGUUCACACUCGACCGCGGGCUUCUCCACACGGUAUUUGCAUUCCAGUUCUCACUGGUACUCUGGAUUUUGAGCAAGGUUGUGGUUAUCUCUAGUGCAGCAGAAUGACAUAGACGAGCAUUCAGGCGCAACACCUUAAUCCAUCAUUGGUGUUCAAAUGAUAAGUAAGAAUGCAAUAAGCAUGUUGUAUGCAUAAUUUACAUUACUUCUGCUUCAAUAGAAAAUCCUCAAACUUGUAACGGAAAGCUAAAGUGAAUUAUAAAUUAAGGCUAGCUGCCAUCAUAUUUGUGAUCAA